AUGGUCAAAUCUAGCACAAUAUUUCAACAACUGUUACACAAAUUUCAACAGCUAAAUAUAAAUGACAAUAAACAUCAAGAUCGUUUUUCUCAAUUGAUAUUAUUAUGUAAUGAAUUAAUUGAGAACAUCCCUAAAAUAACUGUUGCUGAUAACAAUGACUUUCGAGAUUGUGUUCAAUUGUUUUAUAAUGAAAUAUUAGAAUUCGAAUCCAAUAUUCGGAUAGAAGAUACAAAAAGAAUCUCACGUGAUAUUUUCUUUGCAAUACUUGACCUAUUAUCUAAAUCACAAAUUUCUACGUAUUUAAAUGGUGACGAAUAUACUGUAACAGAACAUACAGUAUUUUACAAAUGCGUAACUGAUUUGCUCUUAUCCUAUGCUACUUCAAGACUUCAAAAUAUUUCUUUUGUAAAUUCUGAUAUUGGCAUACGCAAAUAUACUGAUCUAUUCCGCACGAUAUAUAAGCGAGUGGUACGAGAUUUAGAAUUUAGAAUACAGAUUAAACAAGAAGUUAUUCAUGAUAAUACAACAACAGAUUAUAUUUUAUCAUUUCUUUGGAAUUUAUCUGCUAGUAUAGAUAUUGUACCAUGGUUGCUCGGUAUUGAUCUAGCAAAAUCUAUGUUAAAAUGUCUGAAAAUCAUAAAACCAUCAUCAAAAAUAGCUCAACAAAUUGCCAGUAUCAUUCACAAUAUAUCUCGGCAUGAUGACGGUACUAAUGAACUCAAACAAGUAAACGGUCUUCAAAUUCUGAAAGAUUUCCAAAGUAAUACCACAGAAAAAUUGGAUGAUGUCGCGGAUCUUGUCACUUCAAUGGCCAUUGCUCAGCUAUCUACAGCCGAACAAAUUCGUUCAGAUCAUAAACGAAUGAAUAGAACUCUUAAUCAACUAUUACAGAUUACUAUUGACGCUGCCAAAGAUGAACAUCAUCAAGCAGAGGGCUUCCAGCUAUCAGAACCCUUAGCCGUAUUUACUAAACUAUUUGUGGAUGAUCACUCACUUGAAUAUGUUUUAAAUCAUGCAGAAACUGAUCCACAACUUACUACAUCAUCAACAAUUGCCUUAUUCGUUAACUUAUUCAUCAAAUAUCGGGAUUCAUUCGCAUCCGAAGAUUGGUCGAAACAAUUUACAUGUACGGCUCUAUUAAAUAUUUUAUGGAGUAUUUCAUUUCAAGAUCGAUAUAAAACAAAACUGAAACAAAAUCAAGAUUUUCUAACGGCUAUUAAAAGUUUAGCUAUGAAUGACAGUGAAAAAAUUUUCAAUAAAUAUGUUUCAAGUUCGAUGGAAAGUGCGGCAAAUGCCGCCAAUGGUAUUCUUUACAAUCUUGGUGAAAUAUCAGAUACACAAUUAGUUUCCAAUGCUGUGAGUAAAAAACCAACGAUUAUGAUUAGCUAUGCUCAUGAUAAUAAUCAAUUUUGUGACAAAAUUCUUACAGAAUUUGAAAAAAAGCGAAAUCUUUUCGAAAUUUGGAUUGAUCGAGAUCAUUGUUCAUCAAGCGAAGAUUUAUGGGAGAAAAUAGCUCGUGGAAUUGGACAAUCAAAAGUUAUUGUAUGUCUUCUUUCACAAGAAUAUUUCAAUAGUAAAUCAUGUCGUAAAGAAGCAACUUUUGCAAUCAAACGCAACAAAUCAAUCAUUCCAGUCUAUAUCGGUGAACCUGGUGAUUGUGAUUGGCUUGACAUUCAUAUUGCUGGAUUGAAAUAUGUUCGUUUCAAGGGUGAUAAAACCGAACUUGAUCGUAAUAAAAUUCAAGAAAUGUUGAGAACAAUUGAAGCUACUAUUAAUGAAACAACGACAGAAUCAUUAGAACAACAUACUAUUCCUACACAAUCGAGAAAAGAAACUGAAAAAAAUAAACUGACUACGCUCGAUAUAAAUAAGGCACCUGAAGAAUGGACUAGUGAUGAUAUUCAGAAAUGGUUUAGUGACUACAAAGUACCUGAUACUCUUGUAAAAUUAUUUGAUUUUCAAUCUAUUGCUGAAAUGUAUCGAUAUGCAUCAAAAUUACAUGUUGAUUCUAGGAAUGAAUUUGUAAAGUAUAGACAACGUUAUGCUAAACAGUAUCCAGGUGAUGAACUUGAAGAAUAUAUAUUCGAUCGAUUUCAAAAUGCACUCUUCAAAUUACCAAAGAAUCAACUUGAAACAAAGAAAAUAUCGACAUCAACACCUAAAUCAAGUACUUGUACUAUUUCCUGA